AUGAAAGACCGUGCUGCUCUUAAGAUGCCAUUGAGCCACGUCAGAAAAUUAUAUCCUGACCAUCUCACCCCCCUCGAAGGAUUGUUUGGCUUCAAUAUCGUCGACACAGGUUCCUUUCCGGGAACAAUAUUCAUGCUUCCGCUCAGGAAAUCUUCUCACUACGAGGGUUUUGAAUACGUGUCACCCGAGCCUUGGAACCCAGAGAAGGUUCGAAGGGAGAUCAUAGAAGAUUUCAAGACUAUCGCCGCUGACUGCCUUCUCUUUACUGAAAUCGUGGGUAUAAGUGCAUCUUCCCGAAACGGAGGAGGUAUCAGGGAGGAGUGGUCAAUUAAUGCUGCUCGUGAAUCCCCCCUUUUGGAAGGGCAAUUUCGAUAUGGAAAACUGACCAUCUCCCACCUGCCCGCGACUGCUGUUCGCAACCCACGUACUUGGCAAGUUGCAACUCAAGCCGUUGCAGUAGAUAGUCUGCCGCAUGAGCUCUCCUCCGUACCAAAGCGGCAACCCAUCAUCGGACUUGCCGUGUCGUUGGAUAACAACCAUGAGCAUGGAAGGGACUCGCAUCGUUUUUUCUCGACUCUCCCACUGCCAACAUCGACAUCUCUUCCUGUCCAUGUAACUGCAUCGUUCGUUCUUUCUUCGGACAGGAGGAACAUUCGGAUCGAUGGGUAUGAUACCCUCGAGACAAAGUACAACAAAUGGUUACUUUCUACUGCUCUUCCACCUCUGUAUCUCUUCCUCCUCGCAAAACUCUCCUGCAUUGGAGAUAAUAAGCGCCAUUGGCCGGGAAAGACAGUUGAUGACAAUAUUUCUCAAUUCAUUACUUCAACCUUCUACUCGACUCAUCUCAAGACUUGCAAGCUGCCGGUGUUCCGUAGUAAAUUCUAUCCAUUUCCAGUCUAUCCAGGUCAAGCCGUCAUCUCUGGCAAUGAACCCGAAGCUGUCACUCAGGUCCUCGAAAUGAUCAAGCCUCAUGAUAUUGUCAAACUUUCGGCUCUUGUCCGCUCGCGAGUCAUCAAGGAUGCUGGUAUAUCGGCGGUCACACCACAAUAUGUCAAAGCCCAGAUUCUUUCUGACUCUAUCAAGUUCACAUCUACGUUGAACGUGAAGGAGAUCAGUAAUGUGGUCCGCUUCCUGGUCCAGGAUGGCGUCGAGGCUAUUGUUGGCAUAAAAAUACUCCCCCUCGAAGACGGUACCUUUGGCACCUUUAUGCCGAAAUCGAAUAGCACCUCGUACUAUGUCUGGAAAAAGUCCUAUGGGCCCCUUAUCUUCCCGCCCAAUCGCAUUGUCAACUCUGAGUUCCACCCAAAAGACUUGCAAAUUCUCAACUCGGACGUUGAUCUGAACGUAGCCUCACUCAACUCCGCCAAUCUCAGCUCACUCGCCAGAGAACUUUUACCAGGAGGUGAGGAGAUGAUGAUCACAACGCAACCGCCACUGGACUUUAUAACAUCUUUUUGGGAUGCAUACCCCCGCCUUGGCAUGAAUGUGACAGACAUUGACCUACUUCCGCUGGUCGCUACAAUGGAAGCGGGCCGUUUUGUUUCACUCUCCUAUUGUCGUUCAAAACCAGUAGUGCUCAGCAGUGAUGAUCUGUCUUUAUCAUGGCUUUGGGAUCUUCUUCAGCAGCUUGGAAUCUUGACCGUUCGAAAGGAUCACCUGCCCAGGGCUUUAAGAGCCAUCCUCCAAGGAAAGGAUUAUUCUACGUUCAAUCUGAACAAGUUGCUCUCCAUUAUGGAGCCGUUUAUUUCACAAGUUGUUGAGCGAAUCCUGUCGCUUGACGAACAGGUGCAACAUCAAUUCGCAUUAUGGCUUAGGCUCAAGCUCUCCUAUCAAAAACCUCCUCAAAAUCUAAUCAAUGUCACACGUAGCCUUCCUAUCUGGCCUGCAGCUUGCAAGAAUCAGCCGGAGAGGCUUUGCGCCGCUUCGCAAGUUCUACAACUUCCUUCUCGGCUGACCUUGCAAGUAGCUCGUUUCAUGAGAGUUCUGGUCUCUCAAGAGCCUACCCUCAAGCUGUUGAAUGCCGAAUCCAUAUCAUAUUUGCACCUAGAUUCGAAGUUAGAUUUGCCAGAGGUACUUGGAGUAAACGAUGAGGAAACUUACAAGGCUCUGUUGACAGCAUGGGUCAAUGGAUUGCCUGCGUCUGGCACACAACCGCUUCCUGUUCCCAACUGUAACCUCGUCGUACAGUUAUCAAAUACCCUCUACGCUCGCGACCCUCUCUUUGAGGCUGCUUUUGGACCAGGCUCUCCCUCAUUCGUUCACAGCCGAUUUCGUGACCUGGAGGUGGAUCUUCAUCGUCACGGCCUUCAACGUCAGAAUAAUCUCACCAUGCCGAUAUUCGCCGAUUGUGCACGCGCCUUGCAAAGCUCCCAGGACGACGCGGACAAGACAGCUCGAGCUGCAGUCGUGUUUGCCUCCUACAGCCAAGACCUUCCGCUUCACAUUGGCUCAGCCCAACAACAUCUAUGGCAUACCGUUGACAAUAUCCGAUUCAUACCUCGCAAGAUGAACGUUAUCCGAGAAUUGCAAUAUGUGCAACACCUACCGGAGGUAGUAUCACCAAACCAAUUAGUUCGCGAGGAGUUCGAGCACAUUGCUUGGUCUCAACGGGCCUUUUUCAAUGAGCAGCCUGACCAACGUGUUUUACUUGCUUACCCAGGGCUUGGAAAACCAACUGUUUCGGACGUGGUCACCCAUCUUCAAAUACUCAGCAAGCUCACGGAAAGCGAGACCUUGUUGAGAGACGUGACAGAGACGUACAAAUUUCUCAAUGAUAAUGCAGAGGCUGCUCGAAACGUUGUCCUUCAACACCACGAUGAGAAGAUCUUCCUCAACGUCGAUGACCCAUCCAAAGAUAAGUGGACGUGGGAGGCAGCUGAUAAUCUCGCGUUCAGUACCCAUGACAUUGAAGAGGUUCAGCGGGUCCGCCACUUCCUGACGCCCUUUAAGGAUCUACUGCUCUCUGCAGGGGUUGUCCCAGUCUAUCAACCUCCAGUAGCAGAUGCUUCUCCGUUGACUUCGGACAGUGUGCUCCUUCUACAAAUCAGGACCGGCUUUAACGAGAUGCGCAAGGCGAAGCAGUUCAUCGAUGUCGUUUUCAUUCCCUCCUCUGGACCCCAACUAGGGGAGGGCGAGAUCGAUCCUGAACUCGUUGCGCACCGGAACUUCCUGGCCGUCUACAGCGACUACUUCCGAGACGCUUUUUGUGGGGAUUACAAAGAGGCACUCGCGGCAUCAUCGAGCGAUCCUAUAAGGUUUCCUGUAGAUUAUCCAAAGCCAUGCAUUGCAGCCGUUUUGGAUUAUAUCUACUCCGGAACUUUCUUGCUUGCGGAUCUGCCUGACGAAGAAACAUUUCUAGCCUUGGAUGAUCUUUUGGAUAUCAUGAAGCUUUCGGAAUACUGGCGCCUUACGGGCCUGUUUGAAAUCGUUCAGCGGGAAAUUGCGACCAAGGGGCUCAUUGACCCCACGACGCUGGCUCAAACUUCCGAAGUCGCGAGUUCCAUUGGAGCGACAUUAUUGCUCAACUAUUGCACGGAGUACCAAAGUCACAACGUGGAACGUAGUCAAGAUCAACAUCAUGUUGCGUUCGGAGAAAGUCUACUCAGUUCAAGUUCAUCGUCAAGUGUCAUCGCCGCUUCGCAUGGAGGUUUGCAUGCCUCGGACACGGAGCAGUCUUUUCCUGUUGCGAUCUCAGGCUUGCUGUUAUUCUGGAGAUCGAUCGUCCCUGGCCCUUUUGAUGCCAUCACAUCUUAUCAACCACGUGCUUCCUUGCCCCGCCUUGAUGCAUCCCUGUUGUUCUUUCUCUUUUUUCCCUACCCUUCUUCAGCGCGCUUUCCUGCUGGCGGCUCGGUCUCCGCUAUCGACGUGGGCGUCGCAACUUUGACAUGGGCGUCGCCCUUUUUUUUUUUGCCCGUGCCCUCUUGCUUUGAUACCACUGCUCAUGACGAGAAUGGUGCAUGCAUCCACUCUGCUAUUCUCGCGCCCAUCUUGUCCCUGGUGCUGUCAAGUCUGUUGCUCUCUCGCGUCGUCUCUGCCAUUGAUGUGACCAUCCCUUUGCCCAUGCCCCUCGUGUUUUCUGCACCCCACAUAGGUUGCUACCCCUUUGCCCUUGGCGGCGAUAUGUUGCCAUAUUCAUUUUUCUCAAUCUGUUCGUUUGUAAGGUUAGUCUACAUUGAAGCAGCGAACUAUGCGAAACGCCCAGCGCUAGAAGUCAGCUUUGACUACUCAAGCCAACUUAGGAUGACCCCACAAUUGAUGGCGAGACUAUGCCCAAGAUCUAUCCUUCACUUACCCCGUUUCAUAGACUCAUAUGGAAAGCAAUGCGUUAUCAACAAUGAAGUUGCCCUGCUUGACCACGCCGCUGUUUACUCUUAAAACUAGUACGGUACAUCAUAAACAUUGAAUUCAGGUAUUAGGAUACGAGAUAUUUACUAAUUGCAAUCAAAGUAUGAGAUACAAGAUGUAUACGUUGCGUAAUUCAAAUGGUGAACAUGCUCCUUACCGCCAUUCCUGCUUCGCUGUCACCUGCUUCCAAGCUUUCGCACGCAGCCUGCAACUGAUGUCGGGUACGACAGCGGAUGGCUCAACAGGAACCAGCAACCCCAGACCCGUGGACGUGGUAUUCAUCAACAGCGGUGUGGUGUACCACCCGGCCUCCAAACCGCAUCAGCCACGAGCGCACAAGUAGCGGACUACCACGCGUGAACACCGUGCAGCAGACUGACCCUGCAAACAACUCAAAUAUGUGUUCACGGAGGCACCAGACUACUCCACCUGGGUGGUGUCCCACCUCUAACAACCAUGCGCGGGCUUCCUUCUUGAUCAGAGUCAGAUCUGAGGAUGGGAGAAGGCGGGGAGGGGAUGUGCAGAAGGAAGAAUGCGAGUGAAAUGAUUUUGGUGGGGUUGAGCAGGUGCUUGUGAUUAGUCGAGAGGAAGGGAAGGAGGAGGGAGAGGAAGGGGUGGGAGUGCUGCAAACGAGGAGUAGGCUUGAGGCUGCCCUGGAAAGACCUGUUUU